AGUGUGGACAGUCGCUUAAAAAAUAGCAGAUAUAGAAAGAAAAUCCGAUGUUUUAGUUGUGUAACUAGGGAGGCUUUUGAAUGGCUACUUCAACACAGCUGUUGCGAAACGAGAUACCGGGCGGAUUCGAUUAUGCUGAGCCGCGGGGCACCGGUUCUAUGGCAGUAAUCUGCACAGCUCGAUCAUGUCCACAAUGCAGCAUUUAGAAUCAUCUAGAAACAUACAUGCCUUUUCCAUGAAAUAUAUGUUAGAAUUUUCGGAAGCCAGAUUAAACGUUUUUUCAAAAGCAAUCACUUUUGCAUGUGAAAAUACAGAAUCGCACUCAUAACUCCACGUGCUAAAUACGUCACUUUUGUUUUGAGCCGAUUUAGUCGUGGGUUUUGAACAGGGCACCUGGCUCAGCCCAGUUCCAAAAGGAAUGCAAUCAACUUUCUCCCGGUGGAAAACACGCUUACCCGGGCCAGAUUAAUCGAAUCGAAUCGAAUCGCCUCAUUGGUCUAGACGUAUGUUCGUUCCAUAGUAGGUCCAUACUAGUUUGAAAGACUUUGGUGCAGCCUACUAACACUAAACUCGUGAGUUGCGUCAACCAGGCUAGCAGUCUUCAUAUAUAAUAGAGGCAACGUUUUGCCAUGCGCUUUGUAUGAAAUGCCGCGGAAAGAACGGUGCAAGAACCGGGAAACAUUUUCCACUAAUCGUCAGUCACCCGUUUUGGACAUUGUCUGACACAUGCCAAUAAUUCUCUAGCUAGGGAGUUGAAAGAAGGUAGUGUGUGUCCAAGCAGGUGUCACUGGGUAGGCUAACACAAGACGACCCAGACGAGCUUUCUCCGGUUUGAUUAACCAACAGGACACUUAGAAACAUGUCGGAGAAUCGCCGGUCGCGAUGGUAUUUCGGUGGACUAUCCUCAAGUGCAGCUGCCUGUAUUACACACCCCUUAGAUCUGAUCAAGGUGCACCUCCAGACACAGCACGAGGUGAGGAUGAGGAUGAUGGGAAUGACUAUGAGUGUGGUGCAAAGAGAAGGUGUUCUGGCUCUCUACAGCGGCCUCAGCGCCUCCCUCUGCAGACAGAUGACAUAUUCUUUGUCCCGCUUCGCCAUCUAUGAGACAGUGAGUGAUCAGAUGAAGGACAGGACCCAUGGUCCUAUGCCCUUCUACCAGAAGGUCCUCCUGGGGUUGGUUGGAGGAUUUGCAGGUGGAUUCAUUGGGACCCCAGCAGACAUGGUUAAUGUGAGAAUGCAGAAUGAUGUUAAAGUACCGCUAGAACUCAGGAGAAAUUAUGCUCAUGCACUAGAUGGACUGUUCCGGGUAUGGAAAGAGGAGGGAAUGAAGAAGCUGUUCUCUGGAGCCACAAUGGCAUCCUCUAGAGGAGCACUGGUCACUGUUGGACAGCUGGCCUGUUAUGAUCAGGCCAAGCAGCUGGUUCUGGGGACUGGAGCCAUGCAAGACAACAUUCUAACACACUUCCUGGCCAGCCUCAUCGCAGGAGGCUGUGCCACUGUCCUGUGCCAACCACUGGAUGUCUUGAAGACCAGGCUGAUGAACUCAAAAGGGGAAUAUGUGGGCCUGCUACACUGUGUGAGAGAUACAGCUAAACUGGGACCCAAUGCCUUUUACAAGGGUCUGGUUCCAGCAGGGAUCCGUCUCAUCCCUCACACUGUUACCUAGUAACUGUCUGAACCAUUCAUCAUAAAUAUACUAACUGUCCUGCUCCUCCUUUAGGGUCUGGUUCCAGCAGGGAUCCGUCUCAUCCCUCACACUGUUACCUAGUAACUGUCUGAACCAUUCAUCAUAAAUAUACUAACUGUCCUGCUCCUCCUUUAGGGUCUGGUUCCAGCAGGGAUCUGACUCAUCCCUCACACUGUUACCUAGUAACUGUCUGAACCAUUCAUCAUAAAUAUACUAACUGUCCUGCUCCUCCUUUAGGGUCUGGUUCCAGCAGGGAUCCGUCUCAUCCCUCACACUGUUACCUAGUAACUGUCUGAACCAUUCAUCAUAAAUAUACUAACUGUCCUGCUCCUCCUUUAGGGUCUGGUUCCAGCAGGGAUCUGUCUCAUCCCUCACACUGUUACCUAGUAACUGUCUGAACCAUUCAUCAUAAAUAUACUAACUGUCCUGCUCCUCCUUUAGGGUCUGGUUCCAGCAGGGAUCUGACUCAUCCCUCACACUGUUACCUAGUAACUGUCUGAACCAUUCAUCAUAAAUAUACUAACUGUCCUGCUCCU